AUUUGGACCGUCAAUCGGACGCAAUGGUGCGAAGGAAGCUCCAUGAGCUGAGCGUCCUGAGCUUCAACCUCCUGGCGCCAUGCUACUUCCGCCAUGGAGGCCGGCUCGAGGCCACGGACGCGUCGCUGUACAUGCGCCGGCUAGAGGCGCUCGUGUCGCCCAUGAAGGCGGAGAAGUCGAGCAUUCUCUGCCUCCAAGAGUACUAUUUUGACGAGCGGUACAUGAAGCGCUUUGAGAGCCACUUUCCGGGCUUCACGUGCCAUCUCGCCAAGCGGCCAGGGCUCAAGGAAGACGGCCUCGCUAUCUUUCUGGACAGCAGCAAGCUCACGCUCCACAACUACACGCAGCUCGACUUUGACAAGGCUGGCGAGCGCGUCGCGAUGCUCAUGCACCUCUCGAUUCCGCCGACGCUCCUCGAGACGCACACGCACUCGUUCAUGGAGCGGUCGUUCCUGCUCGUCAACACGCAUCUGACAUUCCCGCACAGCGACAUCAACCGCGUCAUGCGCAUGUCCCAGAUCCAGACGAUGCUCCGCGCGGUCCACGCGUACCAGGCCAAGGAGCAUUUGCAGAACUGCCCGGUCGUCAUGUGUGGCGAUUUCAACGACAUUUACGACCCCGUGCACAACCUCGUGCUCGAGCACGGGUUCCGGUCCGUCUUCUCGGACGUCCAUGGCCGCGAAGCCAAGAUCACACACUGCAACCACAACAACAGCGAGGUGGGCGUCGACUUUAUUUUUGCUCGAAUCCGUUCAAAGCAUUCCAGCCGAUCCCAGAGGCCGACCACCCGUUUCUCCAAGGCGAGAAGCGCCUCGUCUUCAAGCCCACGGGCUGCGACCUACUGCCGCGCGGCCUCCCGGACACGACGCGCCUGAAACGACCCGAGUUUAUCCAAGGCGAGCCAUGGGCCGAGCACGAGUGGGGCGUGCCCCGGCCGC